AUGUCGGACCACGAAGAGAACGGCGAAAAUUUGGGACCACGAGGCAAUGGCGGGUUGAACCCACCGGCUAAUAAUAAUGACUUAGAUCAACAACUCCAUAAUAUUACCCGACAUGCGAAUAUUACGGAUCAAAUGAUCACGUCCCUUGGGGAAAGUAUGACAUUGCAUCAGGCGUUAAUGCAAGUCCCGAGUUUUGACGGUAAAAACAUGCCUUUACAAGCAUUCUUACUAGAUGUAGAAAACGGUCUUACAAUCGUACCAGAUAAUCUCAGGAACACUUAUUUUAACGGAGUAAAAUCUAAGCUUAAGGACACGGCUAGAGACGCGAUCGCGGAUAAGACAAUUAAUACAAUGAAUACUCUUAGAGACGCGCUUAAAGAAUAUUUCGCCACUAAGAAGACCUACCCACAAUAUUGCGCGGAUAUCCAAGCCAUUCGGCUUAAACAAAAUGAAUCAAUCCUGAGUUACUAUACUCGAAUAAAGAAAAUUCGCGCUAAUGCAAUAACAGCAUUAAACGAAAGCUUUAAUAAUGUAGCCGAAGUAAAUGCGAUGAAGAAAAUGCUAGACGGAUUAGCACUCGAGUCAUUCAAACGCGGACUACCAGACGAUCUAAUAUACGGAUCCGAAUCAGCAAAUCUUGAUUUACCGCGUAGAACUCGAACGGUUAGCUUUCAAGACGAAGAACGUCGAAAUACCAUACCGUUCAGAUUUACUCGCGAAGACAAUAACAGACCUUCUAAUUCAUACAGUAGAUCUCCGGUGCGGGAUACGACACUACCAUGCGAUAAACGCAACUAUCCUGAGCGUGACAAUUCACCCUAUCGUUCGCGAAGCCGAUCACCCGGAAACUACUAUCCAUAUUAUCCUCCACCGGGUUAUUUCCCUCCAAUUCCAUAUAUACCUCCUAUGCCAUAUCAAUACCCACCUCCUGGAGCAUAUCCACCUCCAGCACCAUAUAAUCCGCCAUAUUAUCAAAGUUAUCCUCCUCAAGAUAACAAUCAGCAUAGCCCUAAUAACAAUUAUAGCAACAAUAACUCCAAUAAUUACAAUAAUCGUAACAAUUAUGACAAUAACAAUCAAAGAUACGGUAACAAUGGUUAUAAUAGCUAUAAUAGAAAUAAUUAUGGAAAUUACAGUCAUAAUAGUAACCCACAAAACCAACAAAAUAAUUCAAGACCAACCUCUCCUGCACCACCUAAGGAACCUUUAAACUCCAACGCGGUUCGACGGAACGACGCGACGUCGAACAGCGCGAACCCCACGGAAACGCGUCCAUCAUCAAUCAGAUUCCUGACCGUCGAAAAUUCGUAA